CUCCUGCGGCACCUGGCUCUAAAAUCGACAGCCGCAUCGCUCUCGUGAGAGUAUCGUUGACCACGUCUGCAUGACGUCAGAGCAAAUAAUGAUGUAUUUAAACAUUGAAGAUUUAUACUCAAUGAUGUAAAGUUUGGAGAGAGGUCUUGGUAUUUUAUCAAUUUCAAACAUAUCCAACUUACUAAUAGUGUACCAGCCUGUGUUGGUUUAUGGGCAGCGCAUCAUUUAAAUAAGUCAUAUCUGUCUGAGACAUAUUUGUAGUAUUUGAUAUGGGUUACUGGUGCGUUUCUUGUUUAUCUGUCUAUAAUGGGACAUUUUCUGUUAAAGAAAAGUAAAAAAGAAAAACGGCGGCGGUGUAUCUGUCGUGCGUCGACGUCGGACUGACGUAAUUUCUCCCCGGCCUGUCAUUGGUUUAUAUCGCCCCAUCGGUUCUCCGGCAGUGGCCAUGUUUGUUGAUGUGUCAUAUCAAAGUGACUUGUUGGGGCUAUCAGCUGGUGAGGUCGAAAUCCCAAAGUUAUCUCUGAUCCCGGUUCUCUGGUUCCGCAUCAUGGAGUUUACGCAUUCGAUUUGAACCAGAGAGGGACCAUGGAACAUCCUGGUCCUGCGUCAGAUACACACAUGAUGGAAGGAUCAGAGGUGGAGUCGGUGUCAGAGGGGUUGCACCCGGCGAAUCAGCCUCACAGCAGCGCAUCUGACGUAAACCAGGAGGAACACAUCUUUCAUAACACUGCAGAUGUGGCAGAAAAGUGCAGUCAGGCCGAAGAUGAAGCAGAGCCUGCCAGUGAAUUAAUCAAUGCUACGACGGAUGUACCGACCGACAUAAAGACAAAGUCGGGACCGCAAACAUGCAGUCAGGAACAUGAAGAGGGGAGUGAGCUGGCUGCUGAUGACGGCAGUGAUAGAAGUGCAGUUCCCGUGGAUGGCGGGAUACCUUCACUUUCAAAUGAGGCUGGAGGAGCUGUUGUAGCCCCCAUCACCACUUUGGAUGAUGUGGUAGAAAGCUCUCCUGUUCUUGAAGGAACAAUAAUAACCAAGUUGACCUUUAAUGAAGUGAAGGAUUCUAAUGCCACCACUCCAGACAGCAACGAGCAGCCAUCUGUCUUGAUUAGAAAUUGUUCCUCAGAGCCAUCGCCUGCUGAUGAUAGUGGUUCAGCUGAGAGUCCAUCAUCCUUUUCUCUCCAAAGUGCUUCCAAGAACUCCUCAACCGACUCGACAACCACCUCUGGGUUCUGUAAUGGCCCUUCUACGCCCAGUUCCGACACUGUCAGCUCCUCCCUUGCAUCCAGCCCACAAACCAGUGCCAAAACCUCAGCCCCCUCACAUCCAUUGUUAAGUCCGUAUGACACUGAUUGCAGCCGAAAGCUUAUCUCCCAAAUCCAGCGUUCGCUGUCACAGGAGUCACUGCUGGAUGAGCUAGAGUCAGAGCUCUUGGCUUGUCAGCUGCCUCAAGGGGAGAGUGGAGGUGAGGGGAAAGGGAGCCCACCCAUCAAUGGACUCCCUACAACCGAAGAGGACUGCAUGGUAGCCUUUGAGAAGUGUGUGCAAUACAAGUAUACACAGCAAGAGAAGUCCAUUAAUAGGCUACUUGAGGAGAACAAGAGGCACCAGGAGCUGAUCCUGGGUAUCUGUUCAGAGAAGGACGACAUGAGGGGAGAGCUGAAAAAGAGGGCAGAGACAGAAAAGCAACACAUGGCCACCGUUAAAAAGUUGGAGGGCAGGGUGGAUGAGCUGCUGAAAGAACUUAAGGAGUCACGGGACAAACUGAUUCUCCAGGACCAGGCAGCAAAGGCCGCCCUCCAGCAGAUACAAAAGGACAUGUCCUCCAGGCUUGAACAGGUGGGCAAGAAGUGUGACGAGGCACGCCAAGAGAAGGAGGCCAUGGUGAUGAAAUAUGUGCGGGGGGAGAAAGAGGCCCUCGACCUGAGGCGAGAUAAGGAGGGUUUGGAGAAGAGGCUGAGGGAAGCCACCAAGGAGGUAGACCGCCAGGCCCUCAGAGGAAACCAGCUGGCCCAGGAUAAAGGUCGUCUGCAGCAGCUGUAUGACGCUAAGGAAGGCGAGGUGAGCAGGUUGACUCGAGAGGUGGAAAAGUUGAAGGAGGAGAUCAACUCUCAUCUCAUCAAGGUCAAAUGGGCCCAGAACAAACUGAAGAGUGAGGCGGAUGCACACAAGGAAACUAAAGACAAACUUAGGGAGACCACUUCCAAAUUGGCGCAGGCCAAAGAAGAGACUGAACAGAUCCGCAAGAACUGCCAGGACAUGAUCCGAACAUACCAGGAAUCGGAGGAAAUCAAGUCCAACGAGCUGGAUACUAAACUGAGGGAGACCAAAGGAGAGCUGGAGAAACACAAGCAGGAACAAACAGGCCAAUUAGAGAUACACCGAGUGAAGGCCAAGGAGCUGGAUGACUUGAAAAGGAGUUACAAAGAGGGCAUGGAUGAGCUCAUUACUCUUCGAACCAAGUUAAAGUGUCUAGAAGACGAGCGUCCACGCUGGGAGGACGAGCUGAGCAAGUACAGGGAGAUCAUCAACCGGCAGAAAGCUGAGAUCGGGCGGCAGAGAGAAAAGGUGGAAGAUAUCACUGCACUCCAGGAGCAGCAUGAACGUGAUAAACAGGAGGUCACGUCUCUUCGUGAGGAAGUGGACGGCAUGUCCAGCCAGAUGGCUGACCUCCAGCAUGACGUACACGGCAGCAGAGAGCGUGAGGCUGAGUUAUUGGGCUACACUGAGAAGCUGAGCAGCAAGAAUGCCCAGCUCCAGUCUGAGAGCAACUCACUGCAGUUUCAGUUGGAUCAGCUCAACAGCAGCUUGACAGAGCUCCAAGCAAAGCUGGAGGAGACCAACAGGCUUCUAGAUGACAAGUCACGGCUGCUGAAACGGGAAGAGGUGCUGAGGCAACAGGAGGUGCAGGGCCUGCAGGAGGAGCGGGCAGCAUUGCAGACAGAAGUGGCUCAGCUAAAAAACAGUGUUGAAGAGCUGAGGGAUGAGCUGGUGACUCGGAAAAGGAAACAAGCUGCCAACAUCAAAGACCUCACAAAACAUCUAACACAAGCCCGUAAGAGACUGGAGCAGGUUGAGAACGGAGGCUACGACCGGGAUGCCAGCAGUAUGGGCAGUCGCUCAAGUUCCUCAGGUACUCCUCCUGGAUUUGGCUCCUUGAAUGUGCGCCAUGUUGUUGACGAGCGGUCUCCAGAGAGCCAGUCCGGUUCCUCGGUGGUGGUCGUGGACAGCUUCCCAGAGGUCGACAAGACCGUGCUCGUGGACCGCAUUGUGCGUCUGCAAAAGGCCCUGGCGCGCAAGCAGGAAAAAAUCGAGUUCAUGGAGGAUCACAUCAAGCAACUGGUGGAGGAGAUCCGCAAAAAGACCAAAAUUAUCCAGAGCUAUGUGCUAAGAGAGGAGUCGGGGGCCCUCUCAUCAGAGGCGUCGGACAUUAACAAAGCCCUUCUGGGCCGGCGGGGAGGCAUCAUGGCUUCGCUUUACACCUCGCACCCAGCGGACAGCGGGCUGACCCUGGACCUGUCGCUGGAGAUCAACAGGAAGCUGCAGGCUGUGUUAGAAGACACGCUGCUGAAGAACAUUACUCUGAAGGAGAAUCUGCAGACUCUGGGGUCCGAGAUCGAGAGGCUCAUAAAACAGCAGAGAGAUCCUGAGGAUGGAGUAAGGAGGAAGUGACAAAGCCAGGAAGAAGGAAAUAAAGGACCAAUAACUACUUAAACUGCCAACACGGCAUUUUUUUGAAGGGACAGGAAAAUGUAAGAUGUGCACACACAUUCUCCCAACACAUAGAAUGUUUUAAGUGCCAGUAGCAACUCCGGCUGCUUUUUGGAAGACCUCUUGAACUCUGUCCAUUUGGUAAAAGUGUGUGUGAACUUUCUUGUACUGUUAUUCCAUUCACAUUGUAACACCUCCGGCAACACAACAGAUCUUCCUCUGGCUAACGUGCUGAGCCUCGCCAAGAUAAAACUCUUCAGGCCAGUUGCUUCAAGCUUGAAAGUCUAACUGUCUUGUCAACUAGUUGAUGCCAUAAUUAUGAAUGUAGAGCAAAGUCUACCAGGGAAGUAGUUAAAAAAAGACAAACACUGAUUUGCCAAUGAAUCCAUCCCAUAAAGGAGACAUUUGUCCCCUCACAGCUCUGUCCACAGUACAGUAACUCCUCUGAAAUAAGAUGAUCGUCGGCCAGCAUGGUCCCGAUAUCCGUCUGCCAAUAAGCCAAAUGUAUUUUUGUAAAGCUGCUUCUUCAGCAUCCCAACACAGCACUCCAAGAAGUAAAAGUGAAGAAGAAGAAAAAACAAACGCGUCGACCCUGGCUUGUUGGGGAUCUUGUGUGCCACAUUUUUUUUUUCCAGCAACUUUUGCGCUGCACAGCACUUACGGGCCGAGACACGCCCAUCUGUGUGACACCGGUGCUCCACUGAAGGAAGCACACGGCUCUCUUUGCAAUGUUUAAUGCAGCAAACAGCACUAUGCCAUCAGCGUGGAAGUAUCCCAAUGUUAAGCUGUGUUAAAAACAAAAAGUAGUUGAAAUUUAGUGGCCAUUUUGAAUGUGAUUUUUCUUUCUUUUGUUUCUUGGUUUCUUUCCAUUUUUAUUUUUAUCGUGCAUAUUCACUGAAAGCUUUCUUAGAAUGUUUGGCCUUUUUGCUUUUAAUUUUAAAUAAUGAAUACCUAGAAUAUUGCUACCUUUCCUUUACUGAUCUGAAUGAGUAGUACCAACGGGCAAUGACUUCUCCUCAUCAGACAUGAGCAUGUCAAGCGGUUUGUUUCAGCAUCAAUAGCAUUCCUGAUAUCAAACUGUGGACACGGAGCUAAUAACCCCUCGUAGACACUUUCUUUGCACCGUGUGCGCAAUAUGAUCUGGUGAGAGGGAAGAGACAAAAAUGUUCAGGUUCUUUUAUCACACUUUUUUCUUUUCUCGUGUCACUUCGUCCGUUGAAGUAAAUCAAGUGUAGAAGAAUCAGACGGACAGGAGAUCUGUAGCUGUAGCUCAGGAAAGCCAAUGGAACCUACAGAAAUAUAUCCAGGGACAAAGUGCAAUGCUGUUCCUUUUUGUUAGUUUUUUUAUUUCUAUCUUGUCGUCUUUUGUUUUGUUCUGAAUGCGUUUGUUUGCCAGUAUACUGUUUUAUGUGUCUGUUUUUAUGCUUGUGUAAGUGCGACUGUGCAGGUGUUUGAAUAUUUAGUGUCCAACUUGUGUGUGUGUGUGUGUGUGAGUCUGCGUGCAUGGCUGCAUGUGUGCCUUUUUUUUUUUUUAUAUAUAUAUAACCUCUCAAGCUUUUACGUUUACACCUUGUGAACAUGCUUCAGCUCUCUGAGCUUAUAAGAUUUCAACAGACUUACUGUGAAGUUUGUUUCAUCCAGAGGAGUACUGGUACACUUGAUUUGCAUUUAGACCAGAAUAUGUCAGACACACACACACCUGCAGCAGCUUCUGUCUCUCAUUCACAGAUCAGUUCAGUCUACCGCAUACACAAUAUUAAUGGUAUGAAGCAACUAGCUUGAUUGAACAAUAUUAAAGUGUCCUCGGUCUUCAUCUGAUCCGAUUGCAGAAGCUGUCCCAAAGCAUAAACCUCCAUCUCUUUAUUUACCCAAUCAGAAACGUGCUUUUAUGGGUCAUGAAUGGUUGCAGGUUGAUCCCCUUCCCGUACACCCUGAGGCUGCGUUGAAAUGGCCCACGGUGUGAACAGAGAUGAAAGUUUCCAGGAUUGAAGUCAUGGAGUCCUUAAUGCCUUGCUCUGCGUUUGAUGUACCGCUGCUUUUACUUCAUCCAAACUGAUUUUUCUUCUUUUUUUUUUUGCGAGGUGGGAUCAGCAUGUAAACGUACAGACGGCACACCUGGAGAUUACAUCUAGAUUCUCCUUGAUAUUGAAACUUGGUAGCCUUUUAACCUCGGAAAGGUUGCAGUUUAGGGUUUCUAUCAUGGCAGUUUAUUAUUUCAAAACGAAAAAUAAUCUGGAUGCUUUCAUGCACCUUAAACAAUGGGCAAAUGAGCUGCUGCUGACUAGGCGCAAAUCAUCGUGUGUUUCGUUGAUUUCUUUACAGGCAGUAAAAAUAUCCAAGAUUUCACACAUUUCCACAGCCUUGAACGAAGCCAUGCUGCAGCAUUGUGUCAAUAAUACAUUAAUCAUGUUUCCCUAUAUGGAUAUGAUGAAAUGGAGUUUAGUGUAUGUGUGUGUGUGUGUGUGUGUGUGUGUGUGUCUCUGUGUGUCAAGGUGAGAGAUUUAAAUUGCAAGUUUGUCAUUUUUCCUCCUGCUGUGCAAUGAUUUCCCCUUUCCCUGUUUUGUGGAAUAUUCAAACUGUGAUUAUAAUAUACAUUUUGUAAAUAUGUCAUUCUGUAAAAUGAUGAGUUGUUUUUAAAAAAAGAAAAAACGCGCUGAUUCUGGAUUAUGUUUGUGUGUAUAUAUGGUGUUUCCAGGGAAUAAAAAGAGAUGAGUCUUAACUUUCUCGUGACUGUCCCA